GGGAAAAAAGAGACAGACAAAAAAUAAUAUUUGGAAAUCGAGGAUACUACUCGUCUAUGACAACAAACAGCCCAUCGACACUUGUGGUUGGCUACAGCCGUUUAGGCCUGUAUUAUUGUUGUAGCUUGUACGUCGUUGUAAGAAUGUAGCUUGCUAAAUUGUACGUUAGCUGAAGCUUUCCAGAGAGCUAGCCUAAUAUAUAUGGAAACAACAAAACGAGAGAGUAACUAUUAAAUAUCAGUUAACGUUAUGUAUAAGAUCGUCUUGGGUAUAUUUUGUAUCGUAAUAUUUUAAACUGGAAGGGUAUUCGCUAGCAUUAGCUAUGAUUUGUAAAUUGAAACAAUAACGCCUAUUCUCGCUUGCGUUGGCUGUAGCGAGCGAUGUAACUUACCUUAGCUAUCACUAGCUAACUGUUAGCAGCAGUCGUAGUGGUAAAUGCUAGCAGUCGCUGAAACGAGACAAAGAUCAUUUACUUGCACGUUAGCAAUGGGGGAAAAACUCCAGAACCAUUUAAUAACUAACUUGUAGCUAGCUCGCCGGUUAGUUGAAGGCUUUGCUCGGAUUUUGUCGGGAAUUUGCUUGGUUGUCAUCAGCAGUCAUGAUGAAAAGGUAUAGCUAGUAACUAGCUAAGUUAACUGUUAGCUGUGGUAAUAGUUGAGUAAAUAGAGAUCGAGUGGGCUCUGAAUGCUAUGGCUUUGUCUUUUCUGUCAGCUAACGGUUAACUCGUGGCUAGCUGGAAUGAAUGAGGAACGGGACUAUUGACGUUAGCCUUAGUAUAACUUCCAACUAUAUUAUACUUAUUACUAUAAGUUACCAUUUCGUCCACUGGAAUUAUUUACGGUUCACAAGACUAACGGAGGUUAACUUUGCAUAGCUACUAGCCAGCAAGUAGACCGUUGUAUAGUUGGUUUCGUUGAUGGUGUUCCAGCUAGCUAGCUAGGUAUGUAAUUACUAGUUACUUAAGUUAUAGUAGUAACUGGAAAGAAAACCUAACGUUAGAUAUUUCGCUAGCAAUCAAUCAAUACAUCACAUUGUUUUCAUUUGGCACGUAAACGGAACUGUACAUUGUAUCAAUUGGUUAACAAAUACAAGUGGCUUUUUAUUUAAAAUAAGCAUUUUGAGGUAACGCUAAUCUCAUCAGGUUAUUGAUAUAUGUAGUUUAGCUACAUAAGAAACCAAUGCCAUUUAAUUACCCUGGCUAGCUAAAACGUUUGCCUUCUUUAUUUCAAUCAAAAGCCUAAUCGUAUACCCACUCAGGUACUGUUAGCUUAUACAUAAGAUAAAAUACACUGUUGCUAUGGCCUACAGUGUGGGCGCAAAAACGAGGAUAUUGUUAUGGACAUAUCUGCAUUUCUUCACCAACUGCUUUUACAUUGGGUCGGUGGGUUGUGUCCAGCACAAUGAAAACGUGUAUGUUUCAGGGAUUUCAAGCGCCUGCGGAGGCAUGGCAGAACAGAUCAGGGCAUCGAGCGGGGUCAUCACCAGCCCCGGAUGGCCUUUCGGGUACCCUUCUAGAAUAAACUGCAGCUGGAACAUCCACGCGAACCCUGGAGAAAUCAUUACCAUCAGCUUCCAGGAUUUUGAGAUCCAGAGCUCUCACAGAUGCGGGUCGGACUGGAUCUCCAUCGGCACGUACAAGAACGCGGACAGCUACCGAGCCUGCGGCUCCUCUGUCCCAGCCCCUUAUAUCUCCUCCCAGGACCACGUCUGGAUCAAGUUCCAUGCUGACGACAGCCUCACCGCCAAAGGCUUCAGACUGUCUUACAUAACAGGAAAGACGGAGGAGAUCAGCUGCGACUCGGACGAGUUCCACUGCGCCAACGGCAAGUGCAUCCCGGACGCCUGGAAGUGCAACACCAUGGACGAGUGCGGCGACAGCUCCGACGAAGAGCCCUGCCCCCGGCCCGACCCCUCGGCCUCCUUCUCCUUCCAGCCCUGUGCCUACAACCAGUUCCCCUGCCUCUCCCGCUACACCCGCGUCUACACCUGCCUGCCGGACUCCCUGAAGUGCGACGGCAGCAUCGACUGCCAGGACCUGGGCGACGAGAUGGACUGCGACGUGCCCGUCUGCGGGGAGUGGCUCCGCACCUUCUACGGCACCUUCAGCUCGCCCAACUACCCCGACUUCUACCCGCCGGGGAGCAACUGCACCUGGCUCAUCGACACGGGCGACCACCGCAAGGUCGUGCUCCGCUUCACCGACUUCAAGCUGGACGGCACGGGCUUCGGCGACUACGUCAAGGUGUACGACGGGCUGGAGGAGAACCCGCGCCGUCUGCUCCGCGUGCUGACGGCCUUCGACUCUCGCGCCCCCGUGGCCGUGGCCUCCACGUCUGGCCGGCUCCGCGUCCACUUCCAUGCCGACAAGGUCAACGCGGCCCGCGGCUUCAACGCCACCUACCAGGUGGACGGCUUCUGCCUGCCCUGGGAGAUCCCAUGCGGCGGGAACUGGGGCUGCUACACGGAGCCCCAGCGCUGCGACGGCUACUGGCACUGCCCCAACGGGCGGGACGAGGCCAACUGCAGCGCCUGCCAGGGAGACGAGUUCCCCUGCUCCCGCAACGGGGCCUGCUACCCGCGCUCGGACCGCUGUAACUACCAGAACCGCUGCCCCAACGGCUCGGAUGAGAAGAACUGCUUCUUCUGCCAGCCCGGGAACUUCCACUGCCGGAACAACCGCUGCGUGUUCGAGAGCUGGGUGUGCGAUGCGCAGGACGACUGCGGGGACGGCAGCGAUGAGGAGAGCUGCCCCGUGGUGGUGCCCACGCGGGUCAUCACCGCCGCCGUCAUCGGCAGCCUGGUCUGCGGCCUGCUGCUGGUCAUCGCCCUGGGCUGCACUUGCAAGCUCUACUCCCUCAGGAUGUUCGAGCGCAGGUCCUUUGAAACCCAGCUCUCCAGGGUAGAGGCGGAGCUCCUCAGGAGAGAAGCCCCGCCCUCAUACGGUCAGCUGAUAGCCCAGGGUCUGAUACCUCCUGUGGAAGACUUCCCAGCAUGCUCAGCCAACCAGGCGUCGGUGUUAGAGAACCUGAGGAUAGCGGUGCGCUCCCAGCUGGGCUUCGCCUCCAUACGGCUCCCCGGCGCAGGGAGGCGCGCAAACAUCUGGAGGCGUCUGUUCAGCUUCACGCGCUCGCGGUGCGCGGGCUCCCUGGCCCUGGUGUCGGCCGACGCCGAGGAGGGCGGGGCCCCCGGGACCAGGGAGCCGGAGCGGGCGGGGCCUCACCGGGGCCUGCUGCCCCUGGACUCGGACAGCGGGAGCGGGGAGCGGCGUGACGUCCCGGGGGCAUCGGCGGGCCCGGUUUCGGCGCUGUCGCAGAAGGUCCCGCUGACGGCAGCCGUGGAGGCCGUAGCUCCGGCCGGCCGGGAGAGUCCCUCCCACGACACGGUCCCGGACCCCCAGCCCACGGGGCGGGGCCAGCUCACCAGCGCCCUCGGCAGGGUCACCCGCGGCCUCCGCUGGGUGCGCGCCUCCCUGGGCCGGCCCGGUACCGCCGCCGCCGGACACGCCCGGGGUCUCGACCCGGACCACGAGAGCGGGGAGGACGAGGACGAGGACGUGGAGCUGCUCGUCCCCACCUCCGACACCGACUCCAACGAGUGCUCCCAGCCCCUGCUGGGGCCCCGCAGGUCGGCCCUGGCCCCUGCCCCGGGCCCCGGGGCCCGACAGCCCGGCCGAGACGGGCCGUGCGAGCACUGCGGCGUGGUGCACACCGCCCAGGUCCCCGACGCCUGCCUGGAGGCCGCGGCCAAGACAGAGACCAGCGACGACGAGCCGCUGCUGCCCUGCUAGGCCUCGAAGCUUUACCCCCCUCUUCAGAGCUCACCGUUUCUGUUCCUGUCCUUUCAGCAGGCUUCAUUCGCUACUAAGAGUGACCUUGUAACCCAAAAUGGUGGAACCAGUACCCCUCACCCACCCAAUGUGAAAAAUCCUCGCAUUUAGAACGAAGGGGGUUGCUGGGUGGCUCAUCCCAUAAAGGCGGUGUAUGAGGCCAUGCCAGCGUGACUGGCUGGUAGCACCAGCUUCACCCAGGGAAGGGAGGGUUAGCAUCGGCUGGGAUUGUGGCUUCGCAUUGCGAGAGACCGCCACUGGUCCGUCAGGCGGCUAAACCUCCACCUGCUUAGCUGUACAUGAAGUGUCUUCCUCCAUUUCAUGUGUACAUGAGCCCGACUUGCGAAACGCAGAGUGAUCCCCGGUGGCUGACACAGUGUGCCUCGGACGAUGGCGUAGGCUUGUCCGCGCUCUCCCAGAACAAUAGCGGAAAUUGCAGCAGUAGGCACUCAUAUGGACCAUUGGGCACUCAGAACUGGGAAAAUAAAAAAUUCAGUUUGGCGGGGUGCCCAAUCGCUUUGCUUUAACCUGAAAGAGGGGUCACGUCAUUGGCUCUGAACAGAUUUGCACAUCUGGUAAGUGUUAUACCUCUGCAGCAGUUCUGUCUCAGAACAGUUUGUCUUCAGAUACAUGGUACAUGUAGUUCUGUUACCAGGUCAUUGUUUGAAAUACUUGUUUUUCCUUUUUCUUUUUUUUUUCCAGAAUUCAUUUAGGAUCCUUGUUUUCUACAGGAUUCUUAAUGAAUUCUUAAUGAAAUUACUCCUUUACAUUGGAAUCUAAUUACUAGCUUCCCAUGCAAUGGUGGUAUGACUAUUUAAACAUAAAAUACUUUAAUUUACCUUGUGUGUCAUGGUACCAAACCAUUCCCUCACUUAAACGUAUUGGGAGAUGUAUUUAUAUAGAAAAUUAAAUCAGUGAGAGUUGGUUUGCAAAACUUUAUGAUGUCUAACAUCCAGCUGUUUGCUUUGGUACCGUUUUGGUCAUCAGUGUUUUGGUACUGACAGUGUAUAUGUGCGAGUGUAUAUUUAUAUUGAUUUUGGUAGAUUGUUCAUGCGCAUGUUACAUUGUCUUGUGUUUUUGUUAAAUGAUGUUGGAAAUGUAAAAAAAAUAAAAUAAAUGAAAGCAA